ACGAAGUUGAUGAUGGGUUUAUAUUAUUAUGAUACAGGUAUUAUGAUUGGACUAACCGUUCAAAUCCAGCAAAUCUCUAAUAAAAUAUACCAAGCAAUGUCAGCGAGUAGACUCUUCAUCCAUACAUAACAAUAUAACAUUUAGUUUAUAAUAAAUUAAUAACAUAUGGUUGUUACCAUUUUAAAAAUUUAUGUGUUUUUUCUCAACAUAGCUGAAGUUGUCUACUAAGAAUCAGUCUUGAUGCAUACACUUAAUGGUUAUCAAGUUUAUGCACUAAAGACAUAGCAAGCUACAUUCUCAUCCGCCGGCUGAUGUAUGUCCCUUUCUCGAAGUAUUAAGAAUAUAUAAGACAACACAAGAGUCAUUGUGAUAAACCAGAAAAUAUUGUGGAGCCAUGGCGGGCGUUCAGACUCUCGACCUAGAGAUCCAAGUGAACAUGCCGGCGGAUAGAUUUUUCAACAGUUUCAAGAAUAAGGAAGGAAGUUUCACAGACAAGACAGAAGCAGUUUAUAUUCAUCAUGACGAUACCAACUCCUCGAUUCAGAUUUGGAAUCUCAUUGUUGAUGGAAAGAUGGAGCAGAUUAAGGCGAAGACAGAGGUUGAUGAAGAGAACAUGUCGGUUUCUUUCUUAGCUAUGGAAGGAGAUGUGUUGGAGCAGUACAAGAGCUACAAGAUAACACUUGACGUUGUUCCAAAAGAUGAUAGAGUAUGUAUUGCCAAGUGGAAAUGGGAAUACGAGAAGCUAAACGACGACGUUCCUCCCCCUACUAAAUACAUUGCAUUCGUUGCCGAUUACACGCGUGAGCUCGAGGCUAGGUUGUUGUCUGAAUCAUAAACAUCUCACCAGCGUCUUCGAGUUUCCUUGUUAAAAUAAUCAAGUCUUGUUAUGCAAGAAUCUUUGUUUUGGUUCCUCUUCGGAUUCGUUUACCGUUGUUAAUAAUGUAGGCACCUUAUCAUAAAAUUAAUUUCUUGUUUUCAGACAACUUUUUUUUUGUCACUAAUUCAGACAACAUUUUUUAUAAUCAUUGAGUUUACCGUGAUCAUGUUUAAUGCUCUUCGGAUUCGUUUACCGUUGUUAAUAAGUGCCUCUUAUAUUGCUUGCUUGAUACGUCUUUAAGUACCUCUUGAUAAGUAUUCUUUUAGAGAUCUGAGAAAACAAAACCGAAGUACCCAACUUAUAUAGUUCUGUCUUAGCUAGAUUUUAUUUUCGAAAACCUAACGUGUGACACGUUGGUUCUUGUGGAUUCAAUUUCUCAGUUACUAACGCAGCCCAGCCCGAUGAGAGUGCAUAUUGGAAAUAUUUUGUUACUCAAAUAUGAAUUUAAUUUACAAAUUCUA